AUGGACAGGCACACCUGCAAGCUCUGCUUCCGGCGGUUCCAGAACGGCCGCGCGCUCGGCGGCCACAUGCGCUCCCAUGUCAUGGCGGCGGCAGCCGCCGCUGCCACCGCCGCUGCGUACUCGCCACCGCAGCAGCGGCAGCAGUCCCCGCCGGUCUCCUUCGCCUCCACCUCGUCGACGGACAUUGAUGGUAAGCUAACGCAGCCGAGCAGGCUGUCCUGCUUCCUGCGCGAGGAUCCCAGGAGAAGCUGCAAGGUACGCGCGCCUGAAUUCUCCGGUGCCGUGGUGGCCGGCGAGUCGUCAGUCGUGCAGGACGGCGAGAGCGACACCGAGUCCCCGCGCGGAGGCGCGGGGUUCGGCGUCAGCCGCCGCCGCUCGAAGCGUGCGCGCCGGCGCGCGGCGCCGGAUCCCGAGCCGGCGAGCAGCGUGUCCGACGCGACGCGGGAGGAGGACGUGGCCAUGUCGCUGGUGAUGCUGUCUCGGGACUCGUGGACGCGGUCCAGAUCCGAGCCGGAAGAGCCCCACUGGGCCCGGGCGAGCUGGGAGGCCGAGCAAGACGACAGCAGGGUCAACGUGCUGGACGAGGAGGAGUACGACGGCAAGGCGACGGCCGCGCGCCCGCGCGGCGGCAGGCACCAGUGCGGCGCGUGCAGGAAGGUGUUCCGGUCGUACCAGGCCCUGGGCGGCCACCGCGCCAGCGUCAAGAAGGGCAAGGGCGGCUGCGUGCCACCGCCGGCGGGCCGCGCUUACGGCGCCGACGCCCCGGCCGUCCACGAGUGCCCGUUCUGCUUCCGCGUGUUCGGGUCCGGCCAGGCCCUGGGCGGCCACAAGCGUGCGCACACGCCGUUCGGCGGCGCGGGCGCGCCCUCUCCGGCGAAAUGCGGCGACAGCUUCGGGCCCUUCGACCUCAACGUGCCCGUCGCGUUCGACGACGACUUCGAGCUCUCCGCCGUGUACGACGCCGAGUUCGGCAGUGAGAGGAUCAGCUGA